AUGCCUAAGAUUUUAGUUGUAUUUGGAGCGACGGGGAACCAAGGCGGUUCUGUAGUCGACAGCGUUCUGGAAGACGCGACGCUUUCGAAGAAAUACCAGGUGCGGGCCGUCACGCGCGACGCGUCGUCGGGCGCGGCCCAAUUGCUGAGGAACAAAGGCGUGGAGGUUGUAGAGGCCAGCUACGACGACGAAAGAGCAGUCGCAGCCGCGCUGAAGAACGCACACACCGUGUUUUCAAACACGGUGUCAGUUUUCGAUGACGACGAGGCGGAGACCCUUCAGGGCAACCUGAUCGCAGACCAAGCGGUCAAAGCCGGCGCCGUUUUCCUAGUGUGGAGCGGUCUUCCGUCGCCCGCGAAAAUUUCGCAGGGAAAGAACGCGCAAGUGAUAAGAUUCGAGACCAAAGUUGCUGUGGAGGAUUAUAUCAAGACGUUGCCCAUUAAGAGCGCUUUCUACUGGCCAGCGAUCUUCAUGCAGAAUCUUUGGGGCCCAUACCGGCCCCAACCCGCUGGCGACGGCCGUUAUGUCCUUCGGAAUCUAUGGAACAGGGACACGAUGCUCCCGCUGAUCGAUCCAAGGGACUCGGGCAAGUUUGUCGCGCCGGUACUCGCAGACCCAGAAUUUUUCGCAGGUAAGCACAUUGCGGGCGUCAGCGGCGUGUACACACCGGUACAGUUUGCAGAGACCGUUGGCGAGGCGACGGGCAAGCACGUCGAGUACGAGCAAGUCACUGACGAAGAGUUCAAAGCGUUAUACCCAGAAUUGGUCAGCAUGAUGCAGCAUUUCCGGGAAUACAGUUACUACGGACCAACGCAACCCGAAGAGGUUAAAUUUGCACUAGAGCAUGCGACCUCCGAGCCAAAAACGUUGCUAGAAUUCCUGGAAAAUACCCCACUGGACUUGGGCGACGUCUAA